GCUAUCUUUGAGAGGUUUUAACUACCUUUUAUAUGGUGACAAUGCAGAUUUGUUACUAUAAUUUCAGACUGAAUGAAUAUAUAAAAGCAAAACAUUUUAAACAAUUCUAAUGAACAUUUUUGAAGUCUGAUAUUUCUGCAGAAGAUAGAAAGUCUGAAGAACCAUACAGCACCCAUUUGGGGCCUGGAAGAAGAAAACGGCAGAGAAGAUCUUAUCAACCAAAGAUGGCUAAUAGAUCAAGAUGUUCUACAACAUUCAGCAGAUCUGGUCAAUUAUCUUCCAAUUCUCUCAAUAGUAUCUCAGCAGAGAAUCUUAAUGCAUUUAAAAGAAAAGCUAAGCUAAAAGAGCUGAUUCAGCAGUGUCCCAACGAAGAGUUUAUGGAGUUGGUGAUUCCACGUCUGACAACAGUUGUUACUGUAUUUGAAUUCCUACUGAUGAAGGCAAGUCUUUGAAAGUUGGUAUUUUACACAAAACCAUAUUUUCGAGCAAGUAGAAAGAGUUU